AGAAAGUGCCAGGAAUUCACAAGUAGUCGGUAGGACUUCCGACGUAUUUGCAACUCUGUGGUGACACGAAACAGGUUAAAGAAGGAAAGGAGACGGAUAAUACCCCAACUCAGUAAAAUUUUAAAAACACAGCACACUUUUUAAUACAGUACUUCCUUUAUUGUGUUAGUAUAUAGUAUUGCAGUUUAAACGAUUAAUGUCCCAAUGACUGUAAAAGCCAGAAACUCUACUUCUGUCACCGUAAGCCAAUCAGCAGCGACAAGCAGGUGAGACUGUCGGAGCGCCCUGAAGGCAGUAAUGUUUGCGAUGCGUUGUCAUCACAGCUACGGCGAAACUUCACUCAAAAGUAUGGCUUACUGGUGGCCCAGUGUAUGCGUGCUUCUGCUUUUUGGACUUCUUUCAGCCUGGUGUGAAUCAUCUGAACAGAUUGACCCUUUUGUAAUGGCACGGGUUGAUGCAAUUGGAGCAGCAGAAUUUGCUGUGCAGGAAUACAAUAAUCAGUCAGAGGAUGACUAUGUUGUCUUAAGGAAGGAAACUGUAAGGACACGGAUCCAGAUGGGUCCUGGGCUAUUGUACUACUUGGACAUACGGAUCCAGAGGACAUGGUGUAGGAAAGGGGAGACCAUCGACUCAGUUUGUACUUCCUCCAAUGAAAUGAAAAUCUGUAAUUUCAUAGUGUGGACUAAAGUCUGGUUAGAAGGGAUGCACCUAAUGAGCUUUGAGUGUCCUGCCACCUGGAGCUGAAAUGCAAACACUUGCUCAAAAUAACUUACUGUAAUAAUUCUCAACUUGUUUUCUGUCUAGCUGAGUGUAUUCAGCAUUUCUCUACUUGCAAACUUAAAUUUAAUGACACUCGGCUGGUGUUGAUGUAUAUUUAUUCUUUAAAACAUUCAAGAUCAUUAUGUAAAUGCUUCUUAUCCUGUAUACUACAUAAAUGAAAUAACAAUUGUUUAACAAAUUAACUGUGCUGCCAGCAACUUCCACAAAUUAAAUUCAGUAAACAUAAAUUCAUCAAUUCUGUUUUGAAAGGAACCCUAAUGUUAUCAUUUUUAAACAGCAUGAGAAACAUUAAACUUUCUUGAGGUUAUAACAUUAUUUUUUAUUCAAUAAAUAUAAUGAACUAUUAAUAACUAUG